AUGUUGGCAGUUAAGCGGACUAUUUUGAGCGCUCCCGUAGCUAUUGCUAUUGCACGACCUGCUGUUCGCACCUGUGCGCUGUCGUUUGCUCGUUUUAACUCCACUGCGGCCGAGCCUGCCGCCGCCUCUGAGGUUUCGCCCAAGAUCUCUGCCAUUGUUGAUGAGAUCUCCAAGCUCACUAUUCUCGAAACCUCUACGCUGGUUUCCGAACUCAAGAGCCGCCUGAACAUUCCCGAUAUCGCCAUGCCUGCUGGCGGUGCUGCUGCGGCUGCUCCUGCCGCCGCUCCCGUAGAGGAGGAGGCUGCUGCCCCUGUCGAGGAGAAGAUGAUUUUCAACAUCAAGCUUGAGUCUUUCGAUGCCAAGUCCAAGCCCAAGGUCAUCAAGGAGGUCAAGAACCUGCUUGGUCUCAGUCUCGUCGAGUCCAAGAAGCUGGUCGAGUCUGCACCCAAAAUGCUCAAGGAGAACGUUCCCAAGGAGGAUGCCGACAAGAUUAAGGAAACUAUCGAGGCUCUUGGUGGCAAGAUCGCCUUGGAGUAA